AUGCGCCACGGCGAGGCGCGGAGCGGCGCGGACAAAGGCGGGCCCCGCCGACUGUUUGCAGGGGUAGAGGUCGUCAUUAAAGAGAAUUUUGAGACCAGAUUUUUAGAGGUGCAAGUGCCAGGUAUUAAGCUGUUCAAGAAUAUCAUGCCAGAACCGACUCCAGAAGUGCCCCGGUGCAUCCUUGUCUGCGCAGCCAGCGGUGUCAAAAGCCCUCGUCGCAGCGCUCCACUCCUUGAGAUCUGUGACUCUUGCGUCCGCUCUGCUGAAGAGCGUGACAGCUUUUGCAGCUAUUCGUGUACCGCGUGUCAAGAGCGCGUUGGUCUUGUUGCAGGGGACCACCUGACGGUGUGCCCUCAGGGGCCGACGUGCUGUACGCAGGAGAUGGAGACGCGGCUGCAGCAGCAGAGCCUCCGCGAGUUCGACCGCGCCGUCAAAGACUCCCUGUCCAAGCUGGCGGGCCUCCUCAGGACGCGCGCCACGCGCUUCGACGAAUUUUUCAAGAAACUUCUGACUCAGUCAAAACGUGAUUUCCAUGAGAUGUUCAAGAGGACGUACGGCAUCAUAUAUGAACAACAUUCUUAUGUUUUCACGGAUCUUUUUGAGGAGCUUGAGCGUUAUUAUGCCCGGGGAAAUGUGGCACUUGCUGAUGCUCUUGACAAUUUUUUCAGUGUACUGUACCAGAAGAUGUUUACUGUGUUAAACGCACAGUAUCAGUUUGAAGAAACGUACCUGCGAUGCGUCAGUGAGCACAUGGAAGAGUUGAAGCCAUUCGGUGACGUCCCUCACAAGCUGUCUAUACAAUUAAAGCGCUCCUUUGUUGCUACACGUACAUUUGCCCAAGCGCUUAGUGUAGCGAGUGAUGUUGUCAACAACAUGGUUAUGAUUGCCCCGAGCCAAGACUGUAUCCGUGCUCUCACAAAAAUGACAGGUUGCCCAGCUUGUCAGGGGCUGCCAGAACUGAAAGCGUGCAAUAAUUAUUGUAUAAAUGUUAUGAAAGGCUGCUUGGCAUAUCAUUCGGAACUGGAAACCGAUUGGAACACUUUUGUUGAUAUUAUGGACAAAGUAGCUGAGAGGCUGCUGGGACCAUUCAACAUUGAGAUGGUAGUGGAGCCUAUUGACAUAAAAAUCUCAGAAGCUAUCAUGAAUUUCCAGGAAAAUGGGCAUGAAAUAUCACAAAGGGUAUUCAGUGGUUGUGGAAAACCAUUAUUGGGAAGACGAAGGAGGCGUGAUGCUUCUGAACUUAGUUUUGAUACUUUCAACAUGGGUGCAGACAGUGAUAACCUAGAUGACAAUGAUGAUGAUGGUGGAAGUGGUAGUGCAAAAUUGACAAAACUUAUCAAAGAUAUCAAGUCAAGGGUACAAGAUACAAAAAUGUUCUGGUCACAUUUACCAUACCAAAUAUGCAACAAUGAUGCUGUAGCUGCUAGUCCUGCCAAGGAAGACAGCUGUUGGAAUGGAGCAAUGAAAGCCAGGUAUGAACCCCAGAUAACAGGUGACGGAAUCAGCAACCAACAGAGUAAUCCAGAAGUCAAUGUUGAUGUAAGUCACCCUAGCAGUCUGCUGAAUGAACAGAUGUUUACACUCAGAUUAAUCACCAGUAAACUGAAAAGUGCAUUCAAUGGGCUUGAUGUGGACUGGAUGGACAUGGAUCCUGAAGAUGUAUCAUCUGGAGCUGGUAGUGGAUCUGGUGAUGGAAACACUGAGCUCGAUGAUGAUACCGAGGAUGGAGAUGUGGAUGAGGGUUCUGGUGAUUUUGAUUAUGGGCGAGGUGGUUCUGGUGGACGCCCUGGUGGAGUAGGAGGUGGCCCAUAUAGGCCACAAGGUGGUGACGAGUCAGGCAGAGGUGCUGCUGGCCCUGAUAGGCAGCGACCCAAGAACACCACUUCGGGUGGCAAUGGGCAUAUUAGGGAACCUGUUAUCUCUGUAACACGUGCUGUUACUUCAUACCUCCUACCAAUAGUAGUCAUGUGGUUUGGAGGUAUAUUUUCUGAUUGGCUGUGAUCCUCAACAUUACGCUGCUUUGCAGAGUUUUGGAGUGUAUUGGUUGGUGUAAAUCCCACUAUAAUGACAUUGAGAAACUAAUGAAAUAUGAAAUAUUUAAUUUGUCAUGGCAACAUGACAU